AUGCAUGGUAUACGCGAAUUAUGGUUUUUAAAAGCCAUCACUGCUUUUCUACUCCUGUUUCUUCCUUUUACAUAUGCCGCGCCAUAUAGUGAAUCGGAAGAACCUUGGAAUUUGAAUACAAACAAGAAUGCUACUGACAUUCUUGAUUAUUCAGGUGAAUGGGAACAUCAUGAGUUUUUCCCGAGCCCGGACAAUUGGCGUAUCAACUUUAUUGCUAUUAUUCUGGAUCGUUGGUAUGAUGGUGACCCGUUAAACAAUGAUAUUAUGGGAACACCUUUUGAAAAUGAUAUUUUUGAAGUUUCUUUCCGUAAUGGUGGUGAUAUAGUCGGUCUGGAACUGUCUUUAGACUAUAUCCAAGCUCUCGGUAUUAGGGGUAUUUAUCUUGCUGGUACUCCUUUUCAAAAUCAGCCUUGGGGUUAUGAUCAGUUUUCUCCUCUUGAUUAUACCAUCUUAGAUCAUCAUACCGGAACUAUCGAUCAGUGGCGUUCGACCAUCAAUGCAAUUCACAGCAGAAACAUGUAUUUGAUUCUCGAUCUUACUGUCGCUACCCUUGCUGAUUUGGUUGGCACAGUCGGUCAUCUCAAUGAUACUGGCGGUGUUCCGUUCACGUUGAACGAAUACAAUUCCAUGUGGAAGACAGGCCAGAGAUAUGCUGAUUUCAGUUUUAAUAAUGUCUAUAAUACAUCCUGUGAGUAUCCCCAAUUCUGGGGAGAAGAUGGUAGUCCAGUUACUUUGCAAUAUAAAGGUUGUUACGACUCUGAUUUCGAUCAGUACGGUGAUACUGAGGCUUUCGGCGCUCACGCUGACUGGCAGCGUCAACUGUCAAAGUUCGCUUCUGUACAAGAUCGUCUUCGUGAUUGGAACCCAAACGUUGCUAUACGCUUAGAGCACUUGUCGUGCUUGGUCAUUUCCAUGUUGGAUGUUGAUGGUUUCCGUAUCGAUAAGGCUACCCAGAUGACCGUUGAUUUUAUCGCUGAUUGGUCCAUGUUUGUGCGUAAUUGUGCCCGCAAAUACAAUAAGGAUAACUUCCUCAUUGUUGGUGAAGUUACUGGUUCUUCUAGUUAUGGCUCCAUUUACUACAAUCGUGGUCGCAAACCAGAUCAACGCCCUUCCAAUGCUACAAUCGCUUAUAACCUUACCAGUGAUGAUAACAAAUAUUCCUUACGUGAUAAAAAUCACGCUGGUUUCGACUCAUCUGCCUUUCAUUAUUCCAUUUAUCGUUCUCUCGUUCGAUUCCUUGGUAUGGAUUCAAAGGUUGAAAUUGAUUAUGACACUCCUUCUACGUUCACCGAAGCUUGGAAGCAAAUUCAAAUAAACGAAGAUGCAGUCAAUAUGAACACCGGUAAAAUUGAUGCUCGCAAUAUGCUUGGUAUAACUAACAACGAUUUGUUCCGUUGGGGUUCACUAACAAACGGUACCGGAAGGGCCAUUUUGGGAACAAUGAUUACCACACUGAUGUUCCCUGGUAUUCCAUUGUUGUACUAUGGUGACGAACAGGGCAUGUACGUUUUGGAUAAUAGUGCAGAUAAUUAUCUUUACGGCCGUCAGGCUAUGAACAGUGCGAGAGCGUGGUAUAUUCAUGGCUGCUAUUAUGGCAAGGCGGCUUCUUAUCCAAGGGCCGAUUGGUCUCCCGCCAACAAUGGUUGCAAAGAUCCUUGGAACUAUCUCGAUCACUUUGAUGUAGCCUCAGGUCUUCACAACGUGUAUAUGAAUCUAAAUUCUAUUCGUCGUCAUUAUUAUAGUUUGAGUGAUGGCUAUGGUUUCGAUAUGAUUGCAAAAUGGGUAGACGAUGUCUAUUUCCCCGAUAGUCAACCUUAUGCCACCGCAAUGGGUUUGUACAGUAUUUUGCGUGGUCCAAUGGAUGGUAUCCAAUUCCAACAUUAUGACACAUUAAACAAUACUGACACCCAUAAAAAAUCUCGGGUAUGGAGCUUGUUCGCCAAUAGAAAUGACACUUAUACUUGGAAGUAUGAUUGUAACAGCAAGAGCGAUGCAAUUAUCGGUCCUUGGAAGGCUGGUACUACCGUGCAGAAUCUUAUUUACCCUUAUGACAAGCACCAGCUCCAAGACUCUUGGAACAAGACUUGGGGCUGUCUACCAAGUGUUACCUUCGAACCAUAUGAGUUUAAGCUCCUUGUGCCUACUGAUGAUUUUGUUGAGAAUGACCCCGUGAUUACAAAAUUAACUCCUAGCCACGAUGCAAGAUUAGAUUAUAAUAGCGAAGAGAUUGACAUUCAUAUUGAGUUUUCCCGUAGAAUGGAUUGUGACUCGAUUACAAAUUCACUGAAUAUCCAAUCUUCUACUCGCCCGACAAACAAAACUGCUCGUUAUGUGGAUGGUUCUGUGUCUUGUAAAAACUUGUCUGAUUCAAACAUUGUUAAAAGUGGAUUACUAUUAGCUCAGUCACCAGGUGUUUUCCAAUGGUCUGCUAAACUUACGAAUGUUCAUGAAGGUAUUCAUCGUGUUUCGAUCGGUCCGGCCACGACUUCUGAUAAUUCUUCUUCAACAUUGGCGCAAGAUAAUUUCCUCUUCCGAGUUGGCAAGAGAGAUAAUCCUCUUGUGUUUUAUGCCGCAAACUACUCAUCCGCUUUGUUAGUAAAGAAGGAUAACGAUUUUUAUGUGAAUCAUUCUGCUCCAGGAGCCGAAAAAUUUAGGUAUAGUAGGGACUUUCAGUCUAGUUGGAGUAAUUGGUUGGAUUAUAACGGUGGAAUGACGAAGUUGCAACCAACGAACUGGACAGGUACAAAGGAUCAAGGUUGGGAAGGAGAGCAUGUUCAUGUUCAAUAUUGGAGUGAAUUGACUGCUUCCGCUAAUUACAUGCAACAGGGUGAUCAUGGUUUUAAGUUCCGCAGAUUGUUCCCCCACAUGUUCUUGGAAGGUAGUUUCAAUGAAUAUGGUUAUGAUUCUGGUAUCGAAAAUAAGUUCAAACAAAUUGAUAACUCGCUAUGGGAAUUGGGCUUUACUGCCGCUCAAUAUCCUACGACUGUUCAGUUUAAUGUUUGGGGUAUGAACCCGGGCGGUAAGCCUGAUAGAACUCGUGUUUAUGGAAGUCAAGGUAAUUCAUCCGUUUUGAGUCGAAGUGAUCCCGCUUCCUUUAUAUCAAAUAAUGUGACAAUUAAGGAAGGUCCUAAUGGGACACAUCUUUCUUAUAAAAUUCGCUUUAGAGAUGAUGCAAUGUUUUUCAUAUUGUAUCCUGCAGGUGAAUGGAGUGUGUCGAUUGCUAUAUAUGUGUUGUGUAUUCUUGUGCCCCCUAUUAGCGCUAUUCUUGUCUCAUGGAUGUUCAAAAACUCAUUUUAUACUGUCAAGUUAAAUAAAUUCGGUAACGAUGACUUUGGUAAAUUCUAUCCUCUUAAAACCUUGGUUCCUUUUAAGAAGAAGAGUGAACCUACUAUGGCUGAUGAUUCUGGUGCUGGCGGUUUAGCCCGUAAGAAGAAAUGCGUCAUGAUUGCUACUUUGGAAUAUGAUAUAACUGAUUGGCAAAUUCGAAUUAAGAUUGGUGGUUUGGGUGUGAUGGCUCAGUUGAUGGCUAAGAAUCUUAAGCAUCAAGAUUUAGUUUGGGUGGUUCCAUGUGUUGGUGAUAUUGUCUACCCUGAAGCCGAGGAAGCAGCUCCAAUCGAAGUUAAAAUAAUUGACCAGACAUAUACCAUCAACGUCUACCAUCAUUAUCUGGAUAACAUCAAAUACGUUUUACUUGAUGCUCCAGUCUUUAGACGACAGACCACUGUGGAACCAUAUCCCGCACGUAUGGAUGAUCUUGGUUCAGCAAUCUUUUACUCUGCUUGGAAUCAAUGUAUUGCCGAGAUCAUUCGUAGAAAUCCUAUUGAUAUUUAUCACAUCAAUGAUUAUCAUGGCGCUCUUGCCCCAUGUUAUCUUUUGCCUGACGUGGUUCCCAUUGCUCUUUCCCUUCACAAUGCUGAGUUCCAAGGUUUGUGGCCUCUCCGUACACCCGAGGAAAAAGAAGAAGUAUGCGCUGUAUACAACAUUCCCCGAAGGAUUUGCUCCAGAUAUGUUCAAUUUGGAAACGUCUUUAAUCUGCUUCAUAGCGCUGUUUCUUACAUUCGAAUCCACCAAAAAGGUUUUGGUGCGGUAGGUGUAUCGAGUAAAUAUGGUAAACGUUCAUGGGCUCGUUAUCCUAUUUUCUGGGGAUUAAAGAAAAUUGGGAAGCUACCCAACCCCGAUCCUACUGAUACUGAGGACGUUUUGGACAAGCCUGAAAAAGUCGUGAAUGUUGAUCCGGAGAUGGAAAAGACCAAGGUUGAGCAUAAGAGACUUGCUCAAGAAUGGGCUGGUUUAGAAGUUAAUGAUAAAUAUGAUUUAUUGGUAUUCGUUGGACGCUGGUCUAAUCAAAAAGGUGUUGAUUUGAUUGCCGAUAUUGCCCCUUCUUUGUUGGAGUCAUACAAAGUUCAGUUAGUUUGCGUCGGUCCCGUCAUUGAUCUUUAUGGUAAGUUCGCUGCGGAAAAACUUGACCUUCUAAUGAAGAAAUAUCCUACUCGUGUUUUUUCCAGCCCUAAAUUUACUCAGUUGCCUCCUUAUAUCUUUACCGGUGCCGAUUUUGCCUUAAUUCCUAGUCGUGAUGAACCGUUUGGUUUGGUUGCUGUCGAAUUUGGACGUAAAGGUACUUUGGGCAUUGGUGCUAAAGUUGGUGGUUUGGGACAAAUGCCUGGCUGGUGGUAUUCUGUUGAGUCUAGUGCAACUCCCCAUUUAAUUAAACAAUUUGAACAAGCAUGUCAGCAGGCCCUCUCAUCAUCGCAGCGUACCAGAGCUAGGCUUCGUGCUCGUUCUGCCAAACAACGUUUUCCUGUUUCACAAUGGAUCGCGAAGUUGGAAGCACUCACUGAUGGUUGCAUAAAGACUAACCAAAAGUUUGGACGCAAUUCACGCGCUCGCUCUUCUUUCUAUUCGUUGCUUCACGAGUCUUUCAGUCGCUCCUCGGAUGUUCUGCCCCAACCUAAUGAUAAUGGUAUAGCCGAUAAACGAGCAGAGGAAGCUGAGAUGAUAAUGAUGAGCAAUGAAGAUUCUGCUCCUUCAGGAGGUGCUAAUAUUGGUAGAUCAUUAUCUCUGGGAAGUCGUCAUGGCCCUGGUCAUGCAGGCAAUGAUGGCUCUAGUGAUGGAUUGGAUACCAUACAAGAAGAGAGUAUGAAUGGUGGUGACUCUAAUUCCGGUGGUUCCGUUAAUUCUCCUGCUGCGGCGGAGGAUGAGAACCAUUCUCCUUCUGAAUAUAGCUUCGAUUCUGCUGAUUACGAAUUUGACCCCCAACGCUCUUACUAUUAUGAUGAUUUAUUCGAUGAUGAAACUACAAUAAGAAAUACUCCCUCUUUCCGUCCGCAAAUGGGCAAUUUUAACCCCGAGCAUGGAGUGGGUGCUACCUUAAGUCAGGACGAAUUGGUCGACGCUUCUCACUCUAGAGAUUCAGGUGCACUCAGUCCCCCGUUAGCUCCUUAUGCAAGUGACCCACGAAACAGUCCUUACUCGUAUGGUAAUCUUCAGACGGACUCUAGCUUAAGUCUUGCCUCUGUAAUGUCUGGAAAAGAAAAGCGAGACUUCUCCUUAACUAAUGUCGAAGAAAUUUUUCGAGAUGAGGAUGGUAAAGCUCUCAAAACUUUCCAAGAUAAGUUACAAAGGCUCACUGCCAAGAGCUCUAAAGAUGAACUUUGUAUUGAACAGUUCAUUAUGAAAUCGGAGCGUAUGUUUUAUCACGACAAGAGGGCGAUCAAGUUGGGUUUGCAAAAACCGAGCAAAUUGCAUGUGAAUGCUACAAAUUCUCAAUCCGGCACUGACGAAGAGUCUCUAAGCAAUGGUCAUGCUUCUUAUGAUGAUAUUAUCGGCUUAGCUGAUGAGACACCAUCCUAUGCUCAAUUGGAGGAGGACUCUGGAUAUAAGAGUAUUCACGGUUUGCAAAAGUUCAUGUUGUAUAAGAUAUAUGACUGGCCUGUGUAUUCCCUGUUUAUUGCUUUAGGUCAAAUACUUGCAUCAACUGCCUAUCAACUGACCCUUUUCACUGGUACUAGCAGUAUCAAGACCUACCAGUUGUAUGCCAUUUGCGGAUUCUUUAUCGCGUCAUCAUUUGCCUGGUGGUAUAUUUAUUCAAAGGUUCCCGCAUAUUACGUUUUGUCUUGCCCAUUUUUGUUUUACGCUCUUGCUUUGUUUUUGGUAGGUCUGCCCGCAUUUGACCGCAUAUCAGGUGGUAGAGUAUGGAUAACAAAUGUUGGUGCUUGGGUUUAUUCAAUUGGUUCUGCUAGUGGGUCAAUUUUCUUCUCCCUCAACUUUGGUGAAGAAGGUAGUGUUCAAACACGGGUAUGGGUAUUCCGUGCUUGCCUUGUGCAAGGACUUCAACAAGUUUGGUCGGCUGCUUUAUGGUAUUGGGGUGCUCAUCUAAAUAACAAACAAAAUGAAGGUGAUGCAAAUGAUUAUAAGGUUAGUCCUGCCAUUCCUGCCAUCACCUGGCCUUUGAGUGUGGCCUGUGUUGCUAUUGCAUUCAUCCUUUACAGGGGGUUGCCUCAAUACUAUAGACAAUUGUCGGGCACUAUUCCGGCUUUUUAUAAGUCUCUACUAAGAAGAAAACUUGUUGUUUGGUUUUGCAUUGCAGUUUUCCUUCAGAAUUUCUGGCUUUCUACUUUAAGUGCACGUUCAUGGUCAUACUUCUGGGAUCUCAGUGAGAUUCCUCAGUGGCAGAUUUUCCUGUUAAUGAUUGCCUUUUUUAUUGUAUUAUGGGCAAUGUUACUUGGUCUUUUAGCUUGGAUUGCACGGACCCACUCUUGGAUUAUUUGCGUUUUUGGUGUUGGGCUUGGUGCACCUAGAUGGAUUCAAACAUUCUGGGCGACGUCGAAUAUUGGUUUGUAUUUGCCCUGGGCUGGUAGGGCAGGACCAUAUCUUGGCCGUACUCUUUGGCUUUGGUUAGGUGUUUUGGAUGCCGUUCAAAAUGUCGGUAUUGGUAUGAUUUUGCUACAAACACUUACUCGCCGUCACGUUGCAAGCACAUUGAUGACCGGUCAAAUUAUUGGUGCCGCAGCUACAAUGAUUGGACGUGCAGGUGCUCCUAAUCGUCUUGGCCCCGCUAAUGUAUUCCUUGACUUUACUAAAUGGACUCGUGGUGAUGGUUCAGCGAUUCUUGCUAGUGCUCCUUUCUGGAUUUGCAUAAUUUGCCAACUUGCAAUUUGUGUCGGAUUUUUAGCCUUCUUCCGUCGUGAAAACCUUAGCCGACCUUGA